AGCGCCGACGAGCCUCGGCUCCCUCUGAGGGUCAGUGUGCUGAACCGGCCGUGCUUCCUGGCCGGCCGUGAGCUCUUUAAAUCUCUCUGCUGAAGAUUAGUGACGCGCUGACAGGAAAGUUGUCAUGACGACACGGUGGGAAACCGCCGCGCGUGCAGGUAACAAUCAACUGUUCAUGGCAAGUCAAGCCUGGCUGGAUUCCUCCCUGCAGCGCUCAGGCAGGCUGGGCUUGGAGGUGCUGGAGCGGGCCUCCAGGCGCAGUGUAGACUGGACACGCACCAGUACAUCUCAGACCCCCACAGAAGAUGCUCGUGUUGCUGCCAAGACAACCCAUGAGCUUCAUGAUGCCUUUGCAACAAUUGCAGAGUUCAUGACACAGACCAGCUAUCACUGCAAGAGGUUUUACGAGUCUGGCUGCUGCACUGAGCCCAGUGAGGGAGAGAAGACCCACAUGUCCAGGUUCCACACACGGCCAGGAGCUAGGCGUGCAACAUAUGGAAGAAAACACGGCCCUGUCUCGGCAUCAGGGGAAGAUUUUUACAUCGAGGUGUCACCUGGAACGUACGCCAUCACUGCCAGCUUCCCCGAUGCGCAGCGACAGACUCAGCUGGUCAGCGUUGAGCCCGGAGAGAGCGUCCAGCUCACCUUUAACCUCUGACAUCACAGCUGACCCAACCUGCCCUCCCUAAACUUCAAUAACACAGCUGACCAAUGCUGAGGCUGCGUGUGUGCUUCCUGCCUUUUUACUUUUACACAGACGUCUGCUCUAAAAGGCUGCUUACAGCUUGGCUUUCAAAAUGAUCUAUUUUUUUUUCUUAUGGAAAAGCCAGAAUAUUGGACAUUUGAUAUCAUGAGCCUGUUAUUUGGAUAUCGACAUUUUACCCCAAAUCAUGUAAUUAUUUAGGACUUUUAUAACCAGCGAUGCUGCAACUGCAUUUUACAAUAAAGUAUAUAUUUUUUCACUAUU